UCGCACGGCAGCCAUUUCUAAAAACUUCGUUUAUGUGUACAAAACAAUUUUGUGAACAUUUUAACAAUUUUGUCCGAUCUGUGAGUAAAUUGUAAUGUAACUUAAGUGAAAACUCGAAAAUGGUUGCCUUUCUGAAGUUUAUCGAAGUGGAGAACUUCAAAUCCUACAAGGGUCACAUUGUAAUCGGUCCAUUAACGAAAUUCACAGCAAUCAUCGGACCAAAUGGAUCAGGCAAAUCAAAUUUCAUGGAUGCCAUCAGUUUUGUGAUGGGCGAGAAAACCAACAGUUUGCGUGUCAAACGUUUGGGUGAACUGAUCCACGGUGCAGCUAUCGGUCGUCCCGUAUCUAAUCGAUGUUCCGUAACAGCAAAAUUCGAUUUGGACGAUGGCACCCAGAUUGAAUUCCAACGUUCCGUCAUUAAUUCAUCGGCUGACUACAAAAUCAAUGGAAAGGGAGUGCCAAGCACUACGUAUUUAGAGCAGCUGGAAAGUCUGGGUAUUAAUGUAAAGGCGAAAAAUUUCCUGGUAUUCCAAGGAGCCGUCGAAAGUAUUGCUAUGAAAAAUGCCAAAGAACGUACCGCACUGUUCGAAGAGAUUAGUGGAUCGGGAUUGCUAAAGGAGGAAUACAAUCGACUGAAACAAGAGAUGAUUCAGGCCGAGGAGGAAACACAAUUUACAUACCAGAAGAAGAAGGGUGUUGCUGCCGAACGUAAAGAAGCUAAAGCAGAGAAACAAGAAGCCGAUCGUUAUGCCCGAUUGAAGGAUGAAUUUGCGGAUAAGCAAGUUGAAUUUCAACUGUUUCGGCUGUAUCAUUUCGACAAGGAAAUCCAAAGACUGCGAGACGAAAUGCAAGCGAAACAAGACGAAGUACAAUCCGUUGAGCAGAAAAAGGCCGAGGCUGACGAAGUAUUAAAAGAAAAGAAAAAGGACACGGGAAAAAUCAGCAGAGAGUUAGCCAAGUUGGAGCAGGAUAUCCGAGAAGUGGACACCGAAAUGAGUAAAAAGCAUCCACUGUUCAUCAAAGCAAAAGAGAAAGUCUCUCAUUCGCAGAAGAAAUUGAAUUCGGCUCAAAAGAGUUUGGAACAAUCACGCAAAGCCGAUGAGGCCCAUCAAUCGGACAUUAAGAAGCUUCAAGAUGAGAUCAAAAGCAUCGAAACGGCCAAACAAAAAUUCGAAGCACAAAUCGAAAGUGAAUCGCAGAAACGUGGCAGCAAUGUGCAUUUGGAGCAGGGUCAUGUUGAAGAAUACGACCGUCUCAAGCAGGAAGCCGAGGCCACAGCUGCCAAAUAUGUCAGCGAGCAAGAGUCGAUUAACCGGGAACAAAAAUCCGAUCAGGAUUUGCUGGACAAUGAAAUCAAUAAGAAGGAACAAAUUGAGGGGCAGUUGGAGAAAAAUCGAUUGGAAAAGGAGGAAGUUUGCAAGCGAAUGGAGAAAUUACUCGAUCACAUCCAGUCGAGUAAACAGGCUCUACAAGACCAGAAUCGUAUCAAAGAUGAGCUGAAGAAUGACGUUGGAUCGUCAAAAGAACGGAUCGCUGAAAUUCAUAAAGAAUUGGAUAACGUACGUGAUCAGCUCGGUGAUGCGAAAGGCGACAAACAUGAAGAUGCUCGACGGAAGAAGAAACAAGAGGUUGUAGAGCUGUUCAAGCGUGAAGUACCUGGCGUGUACGACCGAAUGAUUAACAUGUGUCAGCCGACUCAUAAACGGUACAACGUCGCAGUAACAAAGGUUCUGGGUAAAUAUAUGGAGGCAAUCAUUGUGGAUACGGAAAAGACCGCUCGCAGAUGCAUUCAAAUCUUGAAGGAACAAAUGUUGGAAGUGGAAACUUUCUUGCCCUUGGAUUAUUUGCAAGCAAAGCCAUUAAAACAGCGGCUAAGAGACAUUCGGGAACCGAAACAAGUCAAAUUGGUCUACGAUGUUCUGAAAUUCGAUCCACCCGAAAUCGAAAAGGCGGUUCUCUUCGCAACGAACAAUGCGUUGGUUUGCGAAACACCAGAGGAUGCAAUGAAAGUGGCUUACGAAAUCGAUCGUAGUCGUUACGAUGCUUUAGCAUUGGACGGCACUUCCUAUCAGAAAUCUGGUAUUAUAUCCGGUGGUAGUCACGAUUUGACGCGUAAAGCGAAACGUUGGGACGAAAAGCAUAUGGCUCAGUUGAAGUUGCAGAAGGAAAAGUACAGCGAAGAGCUCAAAGAUCUGAUCAAAAAGUCUCGCAAAGGCAGUGAACUAUCGACUGUCGAAAGUCAGAUCAAGGGUUUGGAGAACCGCUUGAAGUACAGUCAAAAGGAUCUGGACGCUUCGAAGAAAUCUAUCCAACAAUACGAUAAUAAACUAGCCGAAUUGGAAGAGGAACUAAAUGCUGUUGGGCCGCUAAUUGGUCGUAUCGAACGGAAAAUGGUUCAGCGAAAUCAAAAGAUCCAGGAAAUCAAGCAGAAAAUGAACAAUGUCGAGGAUCAUGUUUACGCCGACUUCUGUGCCCGAAUCGGUGUGGCAAACAUACGACAAUACGAAGAGCGUGAAUUGGUUUUGCAGCAGGAACGAGCGAAGAUUAGAGCCGAUUUUGAUCAGCAAAUCGAUCGUAUCGCUACACGGCUGGAUUUUGAGAAGACAAAAGAUACCCAAGUGAAUGUACAGCGAUGGGAGAGGUCCGUACAGGACGAAGAGGACUUCCUACAGCGCUGCAAGCAAGCUGAAGCUAAGCAUAAAGCUGAAAUCGAAACGGAUAAACAGAAAAUUGAGCAACUGAAGCAGGAGAAAAAUGAAAAGAAGAAAGUUGUCGACCAAAUGGAAGAAGAAACCGCUAAGGCUCGACGUGAUGUGGCAGCAUUGGCGAAGGAACUGCACAACAUUAAUUACGUCAUUUCCACCAUCGACACUAAGAUCGAGACGAAGAAAAAUGAAAAACACAAUCUGUUGAUCCAGAGCAAGAUGGACGACAUAAAAAUACCGAUGAUUAAUGGUAACAUUGAUGAGUUCGAAAGUGAUAAUCCCAAUGAAACGGGCACAUCGGAGAGUGCAAGAGACAACAUUCAAAUCGAUUUUUCGUCACUUUCACGCCAACUGAAAGAUCUUCGAACCAACGAUUCGGUAAAGAAAAUGCACGACAAUUUGAACAAAGAACUUCAAUCAAAACAGGAAACCCUGGAGCGUAUUCAGGCACCGAACAUGAAGGCGAUGCAAAAACUGGAAACAGUUUCCGAGAAAAUUGCCGCCACAAACGAAGAAUUCGAGAAUGCCCGUCGCAAGGCCAAGAAAGCUAAGCUUGCAUUCGAAAAGGUGAAGAAUAUGCGUUUCACCAAAUUCAAAGCGUGCUACGAUCACAUCUCCGACGCAAUUGAUGGCAUUUACAAAUCGCUCGCUCGUAACGAAGCUGCACAAGCCUAUCUGUGUCCCGACAAUCCCGAAGAACCGUACUUGGAAGGCAUCAAUUACAAUUGUGUGGCACCGGGCAAACGCUUCCAGCCGAUGAGCAAUUUAAGUGGUGGUGAAAAGACAAUUGCUGCGCUCGCAUUAUUGUUUGCCAUACACAGUUUUCAACCAGCUCCGUUUUUCGUGCUGGAUGAAAUCGAUGCGGCUCUGGAUAACACAAAUAUCGGAAAAGUGGCAUCGUACAUCGUUGAAAAGACGACCAAUCUGCAGACGAUUGUCAUUUCCUUGAAGGAAGAGUUCUACGGCCAUGCCGAUUCAUUAAUUGGAAUAUCACCUCAUCCUGGAGAUUGCUUAAUAUCCGGUGUCUUCCACUACGAUUUGACGGUUUUCAGUGACACUCAUGAAUAAAAUCAAUUCGAUUCAUCAAUCGUCAGUUCAUUUAACAAUGUUUUCGUUUGUGUUUCCUUUCCAAUGAAGAGACAAAAUAAAUGGAAAAUGGUUUUAUAGA